AUAAAAUCACGUCCUCUUCUCCUUCUCCCUUCACUGUGUCUCAACAAGCAUUGGCAACACAGGAAGGAAGCCAUGGCGAAGUUAGCCGUCAUCACCCUUGUGGCUGUUGCCUCUGCUUAUGCUGCCAAGUCCUUCUUCCCCGACCUGUCGCCCUUCUUCCUCUCCCUUCCUCUCCUCCUCCUGCUGCCAUUCGCGUUGUUCUCUGGGUCCGGGUCUGACACCCCUCCUGGUCCCGUCUCCUUCCCCAUCGUCGGCAAUUGGCUCCAGGUCGGCAACGACCUCAACCACCGGAACCUGGUGGACAUGGCCAAGAAGUACGGCAACGUCUUCCUGCUGCGGCUGGGCGCGCGCAACCUGGUGGUGGUGUCCGACCCGAAGCUAGCCACCGAGGUGCUCCACACUCAGGGGGUCGAGUUCGGCUCCCGGCCGCGCAACGUGGUGUGGGACAUCUUCACCGACAACGGCAAGGACAUGGUGUUCACGGAGUACGGCGACCACUGGCGCAAGAUGCGCCGGAUCAUGACGCUGCCCUUCUUCACCAACAAGGUGGUGCAGCAGUACCGGGAGAUGUGGGAGGAGGAGAUGGACCGGCCCUUCCUGAGAGGCUACUUGAACAAGUGCAGGGACUUACAGAGACGAAGGCUCGCCUUCUACAACGACAACUACGUAGAGAAACGAAGAAUACUGAUGGCCGCAAGAGACGGGAAAAGGCUGAGGUGCGCCAUGGACUACAUACUGGAGGCCGAGAUGAACGGAGAAAUCACCUCAGACAACGUGAUCUACAUCGUGGAGAACAUCAACGUUGCAGCCAUAGAGACGACCUUGUGGUCGAUGGAGUGGGCGAUCGCAGAACUGGUGAACCAUCCCAACGUCCAGCAAAGGCUCAGAAAGGAGCUGUGGGAUGUGCUCGGAGAUGAACCCUUGACGGAAACCAACCUACAGAGACUACCGUACCUGCAAGCAGUCGCCAAGGAGACACUCCGGCUGCACUCGCCCAUACCCCUCCUCGUCCCCCACAUGAACCUCGAGGAAGCCAAGCUCGGGGGAUACGACAUCCCCAAGAGAACCAAGGUGAUAGUGAACGCGUGGUGGCUGGGGAACAACCCGGAAUGGUGGCACAAGCCCGAGGAGUUCCGGCCGGAGAGGUUUUUGGACGAGGAGAAGGAGGUAGAAGCACUGGUGGGCGGCAAGGUGGACUUCAGGUUCCUCCCCUUCGGCGUCGGCCGGCGAAGCUGCCCCGGGAUCAUAGUGGCGCUGCCGCUGCUCUCGCUCAUCGUGGGGAAGCUGGUGAAGGACUUCGAGAUGGUGACGCCGCCGGGGGUGGACAAGAUCGACGUGACAGAGAAGGGAGGGCAGUUCAGCUUACAGAUCGUGAACCACUCCACCAUCGCCUUCCAUCCGAUCGCACCAUGAGAGACGAAGUCGUAGGAAUUGUUGAGACUUGAGAUCA